UUGCAAUUAUCAAUCUGGAUUAUUUCAAAAAUGGGGAUUGAAGCUUUCGACAUGGUGGUUGGUUCUCGUCGUCCUGGUGAUUAUAGAAAUGCUCACCACACCUAUGCCACUGGUGAACCGCAACACCUUGAAAAAAUUAGAAAUAGCCCAUACUCUGGAAAAGUCUGCCCACUCCUGAUCUAGAUGGAUGAAAUUUGGUAUAGGGUCUUCAUACUAAAUUUGUUUUAGAAAUAAUUGCUGUCACAUUGUAAAAUUUAAAUAAUGUCCUGAAAAAGCUAUCAUUGUUAUACUGAUAUGGAUGGGUAUACUCCAGUUUCCAAAAAACCUCCUGCAGUUAAUACACCUGUAUUUUGUACUGGGCUUGCAAAUAUGACUGUAGAUGUUGAUGCCUUAAUAGCAUUACUGUGCAAAUCUUGUAAAAAAAAUGUCAAGAAUUUUGAUCCAGAUGCUAAGAAUUUAUGUAACGACUGUUUAUCACAAUCCAAACAAAAUGAAAGCUCUAAACAAGUGAAAAAGUCUGAUAUUUCAUCUACACCUACUUGUUCUUCUGUGAAUACUUCAAAUGCUAAAAGAACACUUUUGCCAUCCCCUGUAAAUCCUGGCUAUUCUGAUUCUCAUGCAAAUAUUUCAAAAGAAUUUUUAGUUCCAGCAAAUGACACACCAGAGCAGCAUUUAAACAAUUCAAACUCACCUAAAGACUUUAAAACUGGAGAAAUGAAAUGGAAGAGUGACCUCCGAGGCCGUCUUAAUCCAAGAUCCAAGCCAUAUCAAAGAUUUACUAGAAAUAAUGAAUCCACUAGUAAGCAGGAAUUUCAGACUCCUCAUGGGCCUCAUUUUUUACAAUCACCUGUGACUGAAAAUGAGAAUUUUACUUCAGGAAGGGAUUUUCGUCGGAAUCGGAAUUCAAGCUUCACUUCACCACCUCUUCUGAAUAGGUCCUCGCCUGGCAAUUCAACUGUUACGUUAUCAAGAGAAAUAUGGGGACUCUUCCAUAAAAAUAAACAAUCUGAUGAUAUAUUCAAUUGUAAAAUGGAAUUAAGAGAUAAACUUCAUCAGAUAUUAAGACAGCAAUUUCCUAAUUGUGGUUUAUAUGUAGUUGGCUCAUCUAUGACAGGACUAGGUGUAAGCAGCAGUGAUAUAGACAUGUGUCUUAUGCUAACAGAUGAAGAGGUUGAUCAACAAAAAGAAGCUAUUGGGAUUCUUCAUACUAUAAAACGCCUCUUUCAUAAAUACAAAUUCUUGUAUGAUAUACAAAUCAUAUAUGCAAAAGUUCCUAUACUUAGAUUUGUAGACGGUGAAAGUGGUAUUGAAGUGGAUUUAAAUAUCAAUAAUGCAAUUGGUAUCAGAAAUACUCAGUUAUUAACAAGUUAUGCCCGAAUUGAUGGAAGACUGCCUCCAUUAGUUGUAUUAGUCAAACUCUGGGCUCGCUGUCAUGAUAUAAAUGAUGCUAAAAACAAUAGUUUAUCAAGUUAUUCAAUAGUUCUGAUGGUUAUUCAUUAUCUACAAUAUAGAUGUCGACCUCCAGUUUUACCUUGCCUUCAACAGAUACAGCCAGAUAAAUAUCUUCCUCGUUCAGAUAUUCGGAAGUUAAAGCUUCAUGAAGAACUCCCUAACUUUAUUUCAGAAAACCAAGAAGACCUUGGAGAUCUUUUCAUUGGCUUUUUAAAAUAUUACUCAGAAGAAUUCAAUUAUCGGGAAAGUGCUAUGUCUAUUAGACUAGGGGGUGUGAUAUCCAGAGAAGAUGCAGCACAAACUACUUCUCCCAAAAAUAAACAUGGUCAUUGGAAAUAUAUAUGCAUAGAAGAGCCAUUCGAUCAGACGAACACUGCUCGUGCUGUUUUUAAUCAAGCAGUCUUUGAUCGUAUUCAACACGUAUUUAAAACUAGUUGGAAUCGCAUCACGAAAAUUUGUAACUUAAGCAGUGUAUUAAGUUGAUAAUUUUCUAUAUGUUAUAUAUUUUAUUAUUAUGUGGUGUAUAAAAUAAACUAUUUUUAUAUUUUUCA